AUGGGAGUGGCACCGGCAGAACUGGAAUUGGCCAGACGUAUUACAAUAUCUAUACAACUUUUCCCUUUUCCGGAAGUCUGUAUACAUUUUUGGUCCGAUUAUCUAUCUAUCUAUCUAUCUAUCUAUCUAUCUAUCUAUCUAUCUAUCUAUCUAUCUAUCUAUCUCAUUCUGUUAUUAUUCUAUCUAUCUAUCUAUCUAUCUAUCUAUCUAUCUAUCUAUCUCAUUCUGUUCAUUAUCUAUCUAUCUAUCUAUCUAUCUAUCUAUCUCAUUCUGUUCAUUAUCUAUCUAUCUAUCUAUCUAUCUAUCUAUCUAUCUAUCUAUCUAUCUAUUCUAUCUAUCUCAUUCUGUUCAUUAUCUAUCUAUCUCAUUCUGUUCAUUAUCUAUCUUCAUUCAUUUCUUAUCUAUCUAUCUAUCUAUCUAUCUCAUCUAUCUAUCUAUCUAUCUAUCUAUCUAUCUCAUUCUGUUCAUUAUCAUUAUCUAUCUAUCUAUCUAUCUAUCUAUCUAUCUAUCUAUCUAUCUGUCUCUUCUUUCUUUCUUUCUUUCUUUUUAUCUCUCUCUGUUUCUUUCUUUCUUUCUUUCUUUCUUUCUUUCUUUCUCGUUUGUGAAUGUUUUUAUUCGAGUAACAAUUUUCUUUUCUUUUUUCUUCUUUCCUUUCAUUUGAUUACCUUUCUUUCUUCUUUUCGUUCCUUUUUUCUUUCUUUCUUUAUUUAUAUAGCUUUGUCUUUCUUUCUUCCUUUCUGCCAUUUUUCUUUCUUGUUAGUUGAUUUUUCUAUUCGUGUAACCAUUUUCUUUUCUUUUUUCUUCUUUUCUUAUCUUUCUUUUUUCCAUUUUCUCUUUCUCUUUCCUUCCUAUUUCAUCCUUUAUUUCGAUCUUUCUUUCUUCUUAGUCUAUUUUUGUAUUCGUGUAACAAUUUUUUUCUUUUUACUUUUUCAAUAUUUCUAUUCUCGUAACAAUUUUAUUUUCUUUCUUUUUUCUUAUUUGCUUUUGUUUUAUAUUCUUUUUUUUUGUUCUUUCUUUCUUUUUGGUCGAUUUUUUAUGUCUUUUUUCCCCCUAUCUUUCUUUUUUUCUUUCAUUCUUUCUUCUUCAUAUCGCUCAUUUUUCUUUUCCCGUUGUUUCAUGCUUCUUUCUUGUUCCACUCUCUCUCAUUCAUUGUUGCUUUCUCAUUGCUUUUUGUUUCCUUCAGAUCUCUUCUCGCCAUAA